CAAAGGGCUGGUGUCCAACUCCAGCCCACAGCCCCAGACUUUCAGAGAAAGGGGAGAAAGCAGGAACGUGGGAAGCCUGUGUUCCGAGGGGAGGAGUCCAACAGUCUGCUAGGAAUGGGGCUAGGCAGGAAACUGUAACUGGAGGCUGCUUCUGGAGGCUGUGGAGGAACUGGGUUUGUUCUUUGCCAAAGUCCCAGCACUUAGUGGCCGCUUGAAGCAGGAGUGUUGAGUAGGGAAGGCCUGGGUUAUGGGAUCUCAGAAGUGGAAAGCAGGUCAGAGGUCAUCUGGUCCAGCUCUUUCUUGGCCCACUUUCCCAGAGAAAGAGCCUCCUCACCCAGUGGUCAGGGCCCCCAGACCCAGCAUCCGGCCCCAGGCACUGCCCACUAGUACCUCUGUCUGUGGCCGGGCUGGGGCUGGCGUGCCCAGGAGGCCCUGCCUCUGGGCACAGUGACCUUGGUGGGGUGAGAAGAGCUCUCCCCAUGGCCGAGCCGUCGCCCAGCCCCUCCCCCUCAGGCUAUGCCAGGGGGCGUUGCCAGGGGCAGCUUGGGCGGUGCCAAGCCGGCCCACGCCUCCAUAAAGCCGUCGCUUCCCAGGAGCGGACAGAGCUGGGCCAGCAUGGAGAGGAGACGGGUCACCUCAGCCGUUCGCCGCUCCUACGUCUCCUCCUCGGAGAUGGUGGGGGGAGGCCUGGCCUCCGGCCGCCGUCUGGGGCCGGGCACCCGCCUCUCCCUGGCUCGGAUGCCGCUUCCGCUCCCGGCCCGGGUGGACUUCUCCCUGGCCGGGGCCCUCAACACCGGCUUCAAGGAGACCCGGGCCAGUGAGCGGGCAGAGAUGAUGGAGCUCAAUGACCGCUUCGCCAGCUACAUUGAGAAGGUGCGCUUCCUGGAGCAGCAGAACAAGGCGCUGGCUGCGGAGCUGAACCAGCUGCGGGCCAAGGAGCCCACCAAGCUGGCCGACGUCUACCAGGCUGAGCUGCGGGAGCUAAGGUUUCGGCUCGACCAACUCACCGCCAACAGCGCCCGGCUCGAGGUCGAGAGAGACAAUCUGGCGCAGGACCUGGGCACCCUGAGGCAGAAGCUCCAGGAUGAAACCAACCUGAGGCUGGAGGCCGAAAACAACCUGGCCACCUAUCGACAGGAGGCAGAUGAAGCCACCCUAGCCCGUCUGGAUCUGGAGAGGAAGAUUGAAUCUCUGGAGGAGGAAAUCCGGUUUUUGAGGAAGAUCCAUGAGGAGGAGGUGCAGGAACUUCAGGAGCAGCUGGCCCGGCAGCAGAUCCACGUGGAGAUGGACGUGGCCAAGCCGGACCUCACGGCAGCCCUGAGAGAGAUCCGCACGCAGUACGAGGCAAUGGCGGCCAGCAACAUGCAUGAGGCAGAGGAGUGGUAUCGGUCCAAGUUUGCAGACCUGACCGAUGCCGCAGCCCGCAACGCUGAGCUGCUCCGCCAGGCCAAGCACGAGGCCAACGACUACCGGCGCCAGCUACAGGCCUUGACCUGCGACCUGGAGUCCUUGCGCGGCACAAACGAGUCCUUGGAGAGGCAGAUGCGGGAGCAGGAUGAGCGCCACGCGCGGGAGGCAGCGAGUUACCAGGAGGCACUGACCCGGCUGGAGGAGGAGGGGCAGAGCCUCAAAGACGAGAUGGCACGGCAUCUGCAGGAGUACCAGGACCUGCUGAACGUCAAGCUGGCCCUGGACAUCGAGAUCGCCACCUACAGGAAGCUGCUGGAGGGCGAGGAGAACCGCAUCACUAUUCCCGUGCAGACCUUCUCCAACCUGCAGAUCCGAGGGGGCAAAAGCACCAAAGAAGGGGAAUGUCACAAGGUCACAAGACAUCUCAAAAGGCUCACAGUACAAGUUAUACCAAUACAGGCUCACCAGAUUGUAAAUGGAGCCCCGCCGGCUCUCGAAACCAGCCUGGACACCAAGUCCGUGUCAGAAGGCCACCUUAAGAGGAACAUUGUGGUAAAGACCGUGGAGAUGCGGGAUGGAGAGGUCAUUAAGGAGUCCAAGCAGGAGCACAAGGAUGUGAUGUGAGGCAGGACCCCCAAGGUGGCCCCUACCCCAUAGUGUGAGAGGCCUGAGCAGGAGAUGGGAUUGCUGUCCCCGUCUCUGAUAGCUGAUUUCCCCAGACCCGAGUUCCCACCCACCCCAGCUGUUCCCCUCAUCCCUCGGUCUCUAUGCCAGCUCGCUGCCCUAAGCUCUGUCAGUACUAGGCCUGCACCCCCUGCCCCCUGCACCCAGUAACUCCAACUAACAAGGCACUCACCCCAAAGGGUGAGCAGCUUGGGUUAGAACUAGGAGGAAGGAGAGAAGUGGGGGAAGGUAGGGGCCCCAAUAAAUCACCUGGAUUUCCCUACUCCCCGUUGUCAUGGCAACUGUUGGCGGAGCCAGAGGUCCCUGAGGGUACCUGGGAAGUGGACCUUUGAGUGUCCACUCAAAAGAGAAAAAGGAGACCCUGGGACAGGAAAGGGAAAUCCCCACAGAGGUUUCUUCUUCUAGACUGACCCUGAGCAGUCUGAGAGUGGGUGGGGCCAUCCUGCCACCUGGAGUAAUCACCGAACAGAAUACCUGGCCUGCCCAGAUCCCAGAAGGGCCUCCUGGGUGAUGAUUCAAGUGUCUCAGUCCCACUGAGCUGCCACGUGGGCACCCUGUCGGCAUGCCAUGGGCAUGUGGGAGCUUGAUUCUCAGGACUUGGG